UCUCCUCUACUCUUCCAUUUCUCCUUCUGCCGCCCAGACACUCACAGACGCCUGCUGGACCAGAGGCCCUCCGAGAGGCGAGGACAGAGGCACAGGACCACAAGCCACUUGUGAGAGCUCCGUGGACAGAAGAAAAUCGCUCGGCCCGCGGAGACAUGGAUUUGGCAUACCGCGCAUGGUCCACGCUGCGGGCCUUCCUGGGAGGGGACAAGGAGGAGGACGUCCCUCUAAGCAAAGAUGAGAAGCCAGAAGAUCAUCUGUCAGCUGAAGAAAAAAUAUUUUUGAGAGAGUUUCCCAGAUUGAAACAAGAUCUAGAAGUGAACAUUGAAAAGCUUCAUGCUCUUGCAGAGGAUAUCGACACAAGACACAAAAGAUUCACCAAGACCAGCCUGGUGGCCAACUCCGUUGCUGUCCUCUCUGGAGUUGUGUCCAUCUUGGGGUUAGCCCUGGCUCCAGUGACAGGAGGAGGGAGCCUGCUGCUCUCCACUGCUGGUCAAGGUUUGGGGACAGCAGCUGAAGUCACCAGCAUCGUGACCAGCCUAUUGGAUCGCUCGCACAAGAAAAAAGCCCAAGCUCAGGUCAGCAACCUAGUGGCCACCCAUGACAUAGAGGACGGUGAGGAUGAGGCCGAAGAAGAAUCCUAUAACUUAGCAGCCAGCCAGAUUGUCUGUAGUGUCGGCUACACUGCCAACAACAUGAAGAAGAGCCUCCGUGCCUUUCAGAAAGCCAAAGCCCACCCCCACUUGGCCAGUGCUGCCAAGCGCCUGAUGACCACUGGCCACAUCUCGGCCAGAAGGAGCAAGCAGGUGCAAAAGGCCUUUGGGGGAACAACACUGGCCAUGACAAAAAAUGCUCGCAUGCUGGGAAGUGUAGUGGCCGGCUUCAGCCUUGGCAUGGACUUGGCCGCUGUCUCGAGGGACUGGAAGCAGCUGCAGGAGGGAGCCAAGACAGAGCUUGCAGAUGAGCUGAGGGCCCAGGCUCAGAAACUGGAAAUGGAGCUGGUGGAACUCACUAAGCUCUACGAGAGCCUGCAGCAGCGGGUAAGGUCAAGAGUUCCCUCUCCGGGAAGGGCCAGGAGUGGCACAAGCCCCGCCACCACGGUCAGUCAGAACGGGAGUGCACCCAUCAGUCCUGAGAUGGAAUCUAUGCUCCAGAAGCGUGAGGAAGAGGCACCACAUUCACGCUCUCAUGGGGACAGUCAGCUAUGA